AUGGCAUUAAAAUAUACGUUUGGCGUAAACGCGUGGAGGCAAUGGGUGGUGGGGAAGAAUGCUGAAUUAGAAAAACAAAGUACACCCUUGAGGAAGAUAAAAUUGUUCAAGACAGAUCUUCUGCAACUUACCGCGGACGAGUUAAAUUAUUCGCUAUGCCUCUUCGUGAGGGAAGUGAAAAAACCGAACGGUUUGGACUACGCUCCCGAUACAAUAUACUACCUUUGCCUAGAAUACAUCGUGACCAGAGUGGAGGAGGAGCAUUUGUGGGAAUGCAAACAAUUAGGUGCCCAUUCCCCGCAUGUUCUGCUAAGCACGCUUAUGUUCUUCAACACGAAACAUUUUAAUCUCGUGACAGUAGAGGAGCACAUGCAACUUUCCUUCUCUCAUAUCAUGAAACAUUGGAAGCGCAAUCCAGCAGCCCAACCCGCAGCAGUGGCAGGGAAAGUUCCCGGUUCAAGAAAUGUCCUUCUGAGAUUUUAUCCGCCGCAAUCAGCUCUUGCUAAUUCAAGAAAAAAGAAAGUGUAUGAACAACAAGAGAAUGAAGAGAAUCCAUUGAGAUGUCCUGUUAAGUUGUACGAAUUCUAUUUGUCGAAAUGCCCUGAAAGCGUCAAGACGCGAAAUGAUGUCUUCUAUCUAUUGCCAGAACGUAGUUGUGUGCCAGACAGUUCGGUAUGGUACUCGACAUUGCCCCUCGCGAAGGAACAGCUCAUCAAAAUGUUAUAUUGUAUUAAAAUGGUUAAAGAAAUUAACGUAACUUUACUAACGACUUAAUUUCACCUAUUACAAUGAUCUCUUAUAUCGUUAAACCAACAAGUAAGAGAGGCAAGAGGAAGACUCAUCUGUUUUAACACUUUGACUGCCAUCCGAAAAUGUGAGUUCAACCUCAGACUUAGCAAUGUUACAAUAUCGUAUAUUUAAUUAUAAAAGUGAACAUUUGAACAAGAUUCCGUUAACGAAGUUUAAUUUUUGGUACAAAUUUUGUCUUUAGCAUAAGAAGCUACGUUGUGAUUUUUACCUAUUGAAUUGUGUGUAUAUGCAAAGUGUUAAAGUGGUACGUGAAAAUGCAGAAGAGCGAUUACUACAAAAAUGAGAUGCGAACAGAAAUAUAGGAUUAAACAAGUUUUCCAGUU